AUGCCACGCACUCGAGUUGUUGUUGAGGUCCCCUUCUUACCCCUCCACGUGCUGGAGCGGUAUGACAUGCCUGAGCACCUUUCGCUCCCCACGAAAGCGUCGCGCAAAAGAGUCCUCGCCGAGCAGGACGACGGGUCCCCAUGGAAGUUGAAGCUCACGCCGUCGAAGCGCAAGCGCGGGCGCGCUCUCUCCAGCGACUCGGGAUUUGGCGGGUAUGGCGACGAUUCGGACGACCUACGAGACGAGGAUGAAGUGGAGAACUGGGAGAGCGACGGCAGCUCGUCUGACGGCAUCAAUGCGAGGCGUCCCAUUACCCGCCAGACGGGGCGCAUGGAGCCUCAAGUGAUGAGGACUAGAUCGCACCGCACUCCUCGCAGCCCCGUUGCGUCCAACUCGAAAAGGACGCAUUCAACGGCUGCGCGCUCAACCAUAACGCCAGCAGUUCGAGCGCAGUCACAACUUCGCGCGAACUCUCCCAAACGGGCACGGGGCGCAUCCUCCGAUGUCGACUCUUGCUUCGAGGAGGACGAAGGGGACCAGCAAGAAUCCGAUUACUCUAGCUCGGAGAUGUUAGUUCCGAGGCUUACCAAACCGCCAACGCGGAAGAUUCUCCAGUACCAUCGUCAUACUUGCGAGAAGUGCGCCCACCCCCCUGCCGACGUUCUACUCCAGGCGGCGCGUCGGAAGAAGAAGGGAAAAGGCAAGAGACGCAAGGAGACUGACGAGUUCGUGGUUGAUGAUGAGGAGUAUGCGGAAAGCCUAGGUGGCUGGCUUGAGUGUGAACGCUGUUGUUCCUCUUUCCACUGGUCCUGCAUCCCCCAAGGCCAGCGUAAAAAGGUCAUGCUCGCCUUGAACUCCGCAAGCGGCGGCUCUCGCAUUCACACCUUGCCCGUUGACGACGUUGCCUCGUUCUUGUGCUCCCGCUGCGAGGCAUUUCCUGUGUGUUUUGUGUGCAAGGAGCGAAAGGUUCAUGGGUCGCUUGAGAAUACCCAUGGCGCAGCGGACGAUCCUAUUGAUGUGGAUGAGGAUGGCGACAGCCAGGCCCGUUCAUCUUCGCGUUUUCCUAGGAAGCCGAGGCACACCUCCGCCUCACAGACGGAGGCUGAGUCCGCUUCGAAUUUGAUCAAGAGUGACCCUGCGCCCUUGCUGUUUCGCUGUAAGCGUUGCAAACAAGCGUGCCAUUACGAGCAUCUACGAAGCCCUUUCCCAGUUGGCCAGCGUUACAGUCUGCCAAGGCUAGCGGAUGCAUACCAGCACCCCGCUCCUGAUGGAGGGGCGGAUUGGGAGUGCCAUGUCUGCCGCGACUUGCCCUGGUUCGUGGAUAGGAUUAUCGCCUGGCGACCAUUCCCUGCGGAUGCCAUCGAACCCGACCUCGAGCCCGAGGAGCUUCCAAACUACCGUGACCGUCUCCCACGCGAGUAUCUCGUGAAAUGGACCGCCAGGGGCUUCCGCCACUCAACUUGGGUUCCUCACGGCUGGCUUGUAGCGGUAGCACCGCAGAAACUUCGGAACUUCAUCGAGAAGGGCCCUCAGCUGGACCUCGUCACCGAUGACACACUCGCGGCAAAAGGCGACGAGACUAUCGCACCGACUAUCACCGCCGUGAUGGAGGAACUCAAUGCUACUGCACGGCACCAUCGCGAAAAGGACGUGCUCGAAGCCAAGUGGGAGGGACAUGGCCCUCCGCCUGACCCAGACGCCCAGGCCAACCUCCCAUUGCCCUGGUGCACCGUUGAUCGCGUCCUUGACGUUUGGCUGGCCCCGCCCAAGAACGUUAGAAAGUUCAAAACGAAGGGCAAGAAGGAAAAACGCAAGCGAGUCAUCUCCUCUGGAUCUGACGAAGACGAAUUAGAUGACGAUGUCGUUCUCAGGGACGGCAUCCAGCCGCCCACCAGUGCCGGCGUGUGGAUCGACGACUGGGAAGAGUUGACCGGGCGAAUGCUCACGCGAGACGACCUGGACGAGAUCGCUCCUCUGGUCACGUGGAGCUUCGUCAAGUGGCGCGAUCUGCAGUACGAUCAGGCGUGCGGCGACACGCCGCCGCCCGUCGACGGGCCUCUCUACCCGGCCUACAAGGAAGCUCUAGGGAGACACCUGGAUGCGCGGCUAGUGACAGUCCCCAUUCUGACGCAGAAGGAGUGCGCGGAGCGGGAGCGGUUCGCUGAAAACUUUGGCGACCCGCCAGCGGAGCAGCCGGACUGCGUUGUCGGGGGCACCCUCAUGCCCUUCCAGGUGGAGGGGUUUCAAUGGCUGCUUUACAAGCAUUUUAGGCGCGAGGGCUGCAUCCUCGCCGACGACAUGGGUCUUGGCAAGACCAUCCAGGUUGCAUCGUUCUUGGGCUACCUCGCGUCUGAUGAGCUGCAAAUCUAUCCGUCACUUGUCAUUGUUCCCAAUUCAACCAUCACAAACUGGGUGCGCGAGUUCGAGCGGUGGGUGCCGCAUGUGCGCGUGGUGCCGUACUACGGCGAGUCAGGUUCCCGACACGUCAUCGCCAAGUAUGAGUUGUACCGCCCAUCUAUGGAACGAAAGGCCGCAGGACUGAAGGCGCAAGUCCUCCUCACGACGUAUGACACGAUCACUGGUUCAGAUUUCAGCAUUUUCAGCAACAUACCGCGGUGGGAGGUACUUGUCGUUGAUGAAGGGCAGGCUGUGAAAAAUGACUCUAGCCUUUUGUUUAGAAAGCUCAAGAAGCUCAACGCUAUCCACCGAGUCCUACUUACGGGCACCCCGCUGAACAAUAACCUGCGGGAGCUGUUCAACCUCCUCAACUUCCUCGACGCGGCCAACUUUCCGAACCUGAAAGAGCUAGAGGAACGGUUUGAGGAUCUCAACGAGAGCCUCGUCGUUGAGCUUCACGAGAUGCUCAAGCCGUACAUCUUGCGCCGAGUGAAGGGGGAUGUGCUCAAGCUCCCACCCAAGGUCGAAAUUAUCGUCCCUAUCUCGAUGACAGCGCCGCAGCGCCACCUCUACAAACGCAUCCUGCUCAAGCAUCGUGAGGCCAUCAACGCGAUCAUGAAGCAGCGCAAAAGGAAACAGCCGAAACAAGUGGCCGCUCCCGAGACCGACCAGCCACAGGCGUCGAGCUCGGCUGAUGCAGAUAAGGGCGCUGCUCAGGCAAGCGAAAUCGAGAUCAUCGAGGUCGCGGAUGGUGACGUCGAGAUGGCCGACGCAGAUACUUCGGCGCCAGAUCAGGACAAUCCUGACGUUGGACCUUCCGUUAACGGGAGCGCGAACGGUCAUCAUAAAUCCGCGACCGAGGGGAGCAAGGCGGCCGGUCGCACCGACGCAACGGGCGCCAACAAGGGGGCCUCUACGAAACCGCACCUCAAUGGCACGAGCCAGAAGAGCGCCAGCCACCUGAGCCCGCCGAUGGAUCUCGACUAG